UCCCUUAAACGAGUUCGUUUUUCAGUCACGAAAUUAACAGAUGAGUAUCCGCAUUCUCCUAUUCCAAGUGAUAGCGAUUCCAGUGACGAGGAGGAAUACGAUUUUCAUGAAUGGGAUGAAAAACAGAAUCGCGAUGCUCAGUCUAAGCCAGAAGUUAAUCAAAAAGUUGUCUAUACUGCUAAAGAAAUGUUACAGUUUUAUUUAUCAGCAUGUAGACUUAGAGAAGAAUUUCCUUUAGAUAGGCUCGUGGAUUUGUUUAAGAAAGCAAAUCAACCUGGAGGUUCAUUAAAUGUAAUUGAUUUGACAGGCCAUAUACUUGAUAGGAAAAUCGCCGAGCCUAUUGCUGAUAUACUUACCCUUGAAUGCGGACUAGAAAAGUUAAUAAUGGAGAGAUGCGAUAUUGAAGAUGAUACUCAAAAAAUCUUAUGUCACAGUCUACUCGUGAACGAUACUGUUUCUUAUUUAAAUCUUUCUAAUAAUAGAAGACUUAGAUCAAAUGGAUUCAAUUAUCUUGCUAUUUAUAUAAAAAAGUCUACGACGUUAAGUUAUCUUGACCUUUCUGGGACAUAUAUCGAUAAAAAAUCUGCUACCUUCUUAGCACAAGCUUUAGUAGAAGGAAAUAAUGUGUCUGGUGCUGUUUUGGAAACUUUAAAAUUAGAUGGCUGCGGACUGAAAAAUAAUGUAUUGGAAGUUUUGG